UUCCACCGCUCCACUUGCUCUCUCACCUCUGCAUUUUUGCGCGCCUGCAUCAGGACGAAAUGGAUUCGUCGCGCAUAUUCGUGCGCGGUUUGCCGCCAAAGUUCUCCGAGGAUGACUUCCGGAAGCAUUUCGCCAAAUUCCCUGUCACAGACGCGAAGCACUUCCCCCACCGGCGAUUUGGCUAUGUGGGCUACAAGACACCGGAAGAUGCGGCGAAGGCGGUCAAGUACUUCAACAAAUCCUUCAUUCGAAUGUCCAAGUUGGCGGUCGAGAUUGCUAGGCCGAUAUCCGACGAAACCCUCCCCAGGUCUCGGCGGCAGGCGAAAGAGGAAACAAACUCCCUGGCGAAUUCGGACUACGUCCCACCAGCGAAAGAGAACGCUCUCAAGCGCAAGCGCGUCCAGCAGGAUGUGGAGCAAGACCCGAAGCUGAAGGAAUUCUUGGACGUGAUGCAGCCUCCCUCAAAGGUGAAGAGCUGGGCGAACGAACAGGCACGAUUGGAUUCUGGAUUGGGCCCUGCAGCCGAGCCUAUUAGGCAGGCUGCUUUGUCUGACGGCAAGAGCGAUGAUGAAUACCAGGUCAUUACGAAGAAACCCAAAACUUUGGACAGCGCAAGGAAGCCUUCAGCAGAACCAUCAGCGCUCCUAAGUGCAAUUGAGACACAAGAUGCGAACGAUGCAGGACUUUCAGAAUCGGAAGUGUCAACAGAGCCAGCCAGGAUAGAUACAGGAACAGACGGAGCGCCGGUUUCCGAUGCCGACUGGUUGCGGUCGCGCACAAAGAGGGUCUUGGACCUAGUAGAAGAUGAGGAAGGCGCCCCGCAACAAUCUCCUGCUGUUUUGGGACCUUCAGAACCUGCCGCCGAGGAAGAGGACGAGGGCCCCGAGGGAGAGGUUGAUCAGGCAGUAGAUGCAAGCCACGCCGCUGGUGAUCUCCAGGAUGUUCCACCCUCCGAGGAAGACAGGAUCAGGCAGACGGGGAGAUUGUAUCUUCGAAACCUCCCUUAUGUUGCGACUGAGGACAAUCUGCGCGAACACUUCUCCAAGCAUGGGUCGCUAGAAGAGGUGCACGUACCAGUCAACAACAAGACCGGCUCUCCAAAAGGGUUUGCCUUCUUACAGUUCAAAGAUCCCGAACACGCUGUGGAGGCCUUCAAGCAUAAUGAUGGCAUCGCGUUCCAGGGCCGUCUUCUACACAUUAUCUCAGCGAAACUGAAGAGGGAUUCCAAGCUCGAUGAGUUUGCCAUAUCUAAACUGCCGCUCAAGAAGCAGAGGGAGAUACGGAAGAAGACCGAAGCAGCUAGCUCAACUUUUAACUGGAAUUCACUGUACCUGAAUGCUGACGCGGUCAUGUCCACCGUCGCAGAUCGGAUGGGGAUUAGCAAAGCCGAAUUAUUGGACCCGACGUCAUCUGAUGCAGCGGUCAAACAGGCUCAUGCAGAGACGCACAUUAUCCAAGAGACCAAGACCUACUUUGCUCAACAUGGUGUUGAUCUUGAGGCGUUCAAGAGAAGUUCAAAGGGCGAUAUCGCCAUUCUCGUCAAGAACAUCCCCCAUGGCAUAAGGUCAGACGAGGUCCAGAAGCUGUUCGAAGAACACGGCACCGUUAAGCAGUUCCUGAUGCCUCCUGCCGGAAUGACUGCUAUUGUUGAGUUCGCAAACUCUGCGCAAGCAAAGUCUGCAUUUAAGUCCCUCGCGUACCGGAAGGUCAAGGACUCUAUCCUGUUUCUCGAAAAGGCUCCAAAGGAUCUCUUCAAAGAAGGAGUGGUCGCCCCGUCUGCAUCAGUUGGUACCAAAUCCUCUGCUACGGAUUUGUUGCAAGACGCCGUGGAACCCGAACUAACGACAACUUCCACUCUGUACGUUCGAAACCUGAAUUUCUCAACGACCACCCAGCACCUCAGCGAAAUCUUUGCACGCCUAGCCGGCUUCCGUAGUGCAAAGGUGAAAACCAAGAAUGACCCCAAGCGUGGUACUCUCUCCAUGGGGUUUGGGUUCGUCGAAUUCAAUGGUGUGGAGGCUGCUUCUGCGGCUUUGCGGGCCAUGGACGGUUAUAACCUUGACGGGCACAAGCUUCAGAUCAAGGCCUCUCACAAAGGCGCUGACGCAGCAGAAGAACGUCGCAAAGAAGAUGUGGCAAAGAAAGCCGCUGGAACGAAGAUCAUCAUUAAGAAUCUUCCUUUCGAAGCAAGCAAAAAGGAUAUUCGCGCUCUCUUUGCCCCCUAUGGACAGUUGCGGUCCGUCAGGGUGCCGAAGAAAUUCGACUCAUCUUCGCGUGGCUUUGGUUUCGCCGAUUUCACCACGAAACGCGAAGCAGCUAACGCCAUGGAUGCCCUUCGCAACACACAUCUGCUCGGCCGACGUCUUGUCCUAGCUUUCACUGACGCCGAAGCUGACGACCCAGAGAAAGAACUUGAGAAGAUGCAGCAAAAGAUUGGGUCUCAGGCCAACAAAGUCGCGCUUCAACACCUGACUGGAGGCGGCCGGAAGAAGUUUAACGUCGCAGGCAACGACAAUCUAGACGAAACUUGAGCCUUCAAGCCUUGUUCUGUCAAAAUUUACGGCCCACCACCAUCAGGUGUCCCUUAGUCGACCCCUUGCUUUCUGACUCAGGACGUGAGGCUUCCCUUGGCUCCCUUUCUCCGAUAGGCUUAAGACAUAAUUGCCACGCCCCUUGGCGCACGAUCUCAGAACUCCACUUUCCACGAUGGGAUACUGGAUCAAACGCAUGGCCAUCACCGCACUUUUGGUACCUUGCUCCAAUGUCUUUGACCAGAAAGACAUCCGUCGAUUUAACAUGCUAAAGCACUUGGAACCUCCGUACUUGUUUACUCUGACUGACAUUCUUCAACUUCAAACAUUCCCGUGCCUCGUCUCCCUGGCCGAAAGGGAGCGGAAUCUAGUCAGAUGAUCUCUGAAAAGGCGGCAGUUGCAAUGCCCUUGCUCUUUUGCUAACCAUGACCAAGGUAACACUAUUGAUCAUUCCUGUAAGAGUACAAGCGAAAGUGGUCCAGGAGGCAAUUCACUCU